AAAAACCUUUUUAAAAUGGAAUCCGGUAAAUUUGUAUGCAAACUCUGCUCAAAGAAAUCAGCUAGCCCUUCAGCUUAUAAAAAACAUCUAGAAACGCACGAAAUGUGCAAUAUUUGCGAGAAAUUUUUAUUGCAUUCCGCAGCUCUUAAGCUUCAUUAUGCUGUGGAACAUUCUGAGCAAGGAACCAAACCACAGCAAAAAGAAAGAAAUUUUUGGGAAUAUGAGGAACAACAGAAUCAGUUUCGCAAUGAGAUGAGCAUUUGGGUGCAGCAUCACCUUAAUAAUAAUUCACCAAUGUCGAACGAACAAGACAUUCCACAGGAAUAUAAUAAUCAAGACCACAAUCAGUCAGGAAGAUCGACGCAAAAUCAAAAUAUCAACCAUCACCAACAAAACCAUCAUCAUUAUCAACACCAACAACAUUUCGAGCAUCAACAACAACAACAAUGGAAUCAACCACAACAACAACAAUGGAAUCAACAACAACAUCAACAACAAUGGAAUCAACCACAAUUACUGUCAUCACAACUUUCCUCAGGAGGAAAUCAUCUGAAAAUAUAUAAUACAUGUUUUUAUUACACACCAAAUUUGAGACUUUUUGAGGGACAUAAGGAGAAUUGUAGUGGUGUUAUUACACAUUUUCCCAAAGAUGUGUAUACAACCAAGUUGUAUAAAGUAGUUUUAAAUUAUAAAGAUAGUAAAAGAAAAGUAAGAUUAGAUAAAGUAAACACCUAUGCUUGGGGUCAUUAUGGUAUUGAGGAUGAGGAUGAUCUCAGUAAUAUGCUGCAGAAUUAUGAAUCGGAAAUGGAUAUUGACACCAAUUUUAUUUAA